AUGGACCCCCAGCGGCGGCUCCAGCCGCUAGAGCGCAAGCCGCACAGCCUCCGGAGGUCGUGGCUUUGUUUGGGCAAAGUCGGGGGACUCCAGACUCGGCUUCGCGAAGAUCAGGAUGAGGCGAAAAAGUACAAAGAGUUGUCGACUCGGGUAGAAAACGCCAUUCAAGCCCAGUUAUCCUCAAUGGCGGAUCAACAGCCCACGUCCAGGGCCCUGGCGACCGUUACGCUGCGAUUCCCGGACGUCGUUCCCGCCUUCUGGGACUGGGUCAGUGCGCACUUCCGCGUGACGAGUGGGCCGGUGUUUGACUUGCUUCUAGAGGCGUGUGUCCGGGACGACCCAGCCCGCUUUGAAGGCAACUGUGAGAACAUUUCCGGUAUUCGCCUUCCUGACACGACAACCCCCGUCCACACGCACACGGGACCGAAUCUCCGGGAGCCCGGCUGUCCCAACCCUUUCGACCCCGACCUCGCAAUCAGGAGCGGCGCCAUACCAGGGGUCUCCCGGGCCAACCAGCAAGAUGAUUUUGGUCACGGGUGCGUCGUCCGGGGCCGCAGAUGCUUCGGUCUCAAGAAAAUCGGGCUCGUCUACGACCCCCGGGACUACCGGUACGGAAUCCGCGGACGCGGCUUUGAGCCUCGGCUCAACGUAGGGGCUUCGGAGAGAGCCUCAGGUGCGGUCCAGACCACAAGGACUUCGGGUAAGACCUCUCCUGGGCCCGGAGGACCUCGAGCAGUGUCCCAACAAAUCUUCCAGGUGCCCAGGUGUCGACUCCGCCUUCGAAACGUCCCUCCCCGGUACGUCGAUGCAGUUGACGAAAAAGGCCCGACGUUCCGACCCUGA